AUGGCGCCCAAUUCCGACUUCAGCGCAGCUACCGAUGUCCCAAGUCUGAUUGGCAAAGUCAUCCUCGUGACUGGUGGGACCGCAGGUCUUGGACGAGAGACUGUCCUGUCAUUUGCAAGCAAGCAGCCGGCUCACAUUUAUUUCACGGGUCGAUCUCAACCGUCUGCAGAAAAACUUGUCGAGGAAGUCCAGAAAAAGUACCCCGAAGCUCAUAUCACCUUUGUCCCAUGCGACCUAGCAUCACUGAAAAGUGUUCAGAAGGCUGCCCGUGAUUUCCUGUCCAAGGUCGAUCGACUGAAUAUCGUGAUGCUCAACGCUGGAGUCAUGGCAUUGCCACCUGGCCUCACAUCAGACGGCUACGAGAUUCAGUUCGGUACAAACCACAUGGGUCACGCCCUGCUGGUGAAGCUUCUCACUCCAAUGCUUGAGGCGACAGCAGAGAGUGGUGCAGAUGUCCGUCUCGUCUGGAACACAUCAUUGGGAUACAAGGGCGCUGCCGACUAUAUCAAGAACGGGAUCGUGUUUGACAAACUCAAGACCCCUUGCAAGGAUCUCUCCCCAGUGCUCGGCGAAUGGAUGAGAUAUGGACAAUCGAAGCUCGCCAACCUUCUUUAUGCUCGGGUGUACACGAAGCAUUAUCCAAGCAUCACGUCCGUAUCGAUACAUCCAGGUGUCUCGGCGACUGGACUGGUUACCUCCCUCAGCUUGUUCCAGCGUAUGUUCGUGUAUGCAACGAAUAUCGGUCGGAUGGUUUCUGCCGAAGACUGUGCUUCGAACCAGCAAUGGGCUGCGACUGCACCAUUGGGAGAUGGCAAGCGUGAGGUGCAAAGUGGGCAGUACUACGAACCUGUUGGGGUGAAGACGACGCCGAGUGGAGAAGCAACGAAUGACGAGCUAGCGGAGAAGCUAUGGCAGUGGACGCAGGAUGAGUUGGAGACAUAUACCUUGUAG